AUGGCCUCGCCAAGCCAACCAGAUACUGCCCAAUCAAACCCAAAGGAAACUCUCGAUCCUGUUCCAACCUCGGUUGAUACUGUACAUGAUUUACUUCAGAAUGGUGAAGCCAAUGCGAAACCUUGGUGGCGUACUCCUCACCUUCUUCAACUGAAUGCUCUCAUGUUAUCACCGCUGCUUACAAUCAUCGCCUGGGGUUUCGAUAUAGCUAUGACGAAUGCCUUACAAUCCCUAGGUGCCUUCAACGAGAAGUUUGGUAAUCCGGAGGGUGCACGUCUUGGUCUCUAUGGCGCAUCAACUCAGAUUGGCGGAAUGGCUACAAUCUUCGUCAGUCCUUGGCUGGUGCAAAGAUUUGGCCGAAGAGUCUCCAUCGCUGGAGGAUGUCUGAUGAUCAUCGCCAUGGCGGUCAUGCAGACAUUCUCGACCAGCCUUGAGAUGUUCAUCGCCGGCAAGAUUCUCCUUGGAUUCGGGUCCGUCGCCGUACAAAUCUCGGCCCCAGUGUUGAUUACCGAACUGGCAUAUCCAACACACCGAUCUCGAAUUACAGCUCUCUACAACACUCUCAUUUAUGUGGGCUUCAUCUUGGGAUCUUGGAGUGCUUUCGGGACACGAAACAUCCCUGGGGAUAGGUCGUGGCAAAUCCCAUGUGUACUGCAAGCGGCAUUACCAGCGUACCAAGUCCUCACAAUCUUCUUCUGUCCAGAAUCUCCCCGGUGGCUGGUUUCCAAAGGCCAGGAAAAGAAAGCCAGAGAAAUCCUUAUAAAAUACCACGGUGGCGGUGUUGAGACUCCGCUAGUGCAAGCUGAGAUGGAAGAAAUCCGAGCUGGAAUUGAGGCAGAUGCUUCCCAAGUCCGAUUUAACAAGAAGGACAUCGUGGACCUUCUCUCGCAUCGUGGUAACCAACGCCGGCUCCUACUCACAACUGUCACUGCUGUAGGUUCCCAAGCCUGUGGUUCCGGACUGAUCAGCGCAUACCUCCCACAAGUAUUGAACAACAUUGGCAUGAAAACGACCCAAGAGCAGACUCUUAUUGCAGGCAUUGUCAACAUUUGGAGUUGGUUUAUCGGCAUCGCGGCCGCUAUUUUCAUCAAUCGCUUCAACAAAAGAUUCAUGUUUCUUUUUGGAACCGGAGGGAUGAUUAUCGCCUUCUCCGUUUGGACUGCCCUGGCGGCUCGAUAUGAAGUCACGGGAAGUAACUCUUUUGGCCUUGGUGUCGUAGCCAUGAUAUUUGUCUACAAUUUCUUCUACGGUAGCUACCCACUCGAAAUUUGCACGACAAAGCAAAGAAGCCUGUUCUUUUCAUGGAACUUCUUUUCGAUCUCGAUGUCAACGUUCAUUGUGAACUAUAUCAACCCCAUCGGAAUCAAGAAUCUCUCAUGGCGCUACUACCUACUCACAAUCGCCUUUACAUCUUUGAUCUGGUUGAUCAUCUACUUCACUUUCGUGGACACAAAAGGCAUGUCCCUCGAAGAAAUUGCUACAAUAUUCGAUGGGAAGGAUGGUCUCGAUGUCGCUCGGUCAGCAGUGCAUGUCGAAGACAUCAAGACCUCUGCCCUAGUUGAGGAGGAUGAAGGAAGGCCUAAGACAACCACGCGGUAA